GCGUUCUUCCCUCAGUUAUCGAAACCCGCGUUUGGUUGGCCAUUUGUCUAUUUUAAACAGGACUAUCACUGCUCGGUACUCGAUCUGGGUCACCCGGGGUCCUAUCGGGAUUUGAGCAAGCCAGUCGCAGUGCAAAUGCCGGAAAGAUCAAAAGCUGUGGCAGCGCAUUACGCAGACGCGGAGCGAGCAGCACAAAAUCUGCUAGACGAAUUGUCCGAUCCGAACGAUCGACCACAAGGUCACGUGGGAGUCGGCUCUCAACGGUUAACGAUCUCACCCAAACUGGUGGGUGUUGUCUGUCCGCCCUAUCACUAUCCCUCGCACUGUUCUAAUGAAGCGAUCGUGCUCAAUUUCAUGGUCCGCGUACCGCCCUACACCUUCCGACAUUUGCGAUUUCAAGAUAACAAUUUUGAUGUCCCGGAUCGCCUGUUUCACUCCGUGGCUACAACCUGGAGCCUAACAACCACCACUGUCACAUGUGUGAAAGAACUGGUCCCGGAAUUCUAUUUCACCUCCGAGCUAUUCAUGAAUGCGGCCGGAUUUGCACUAGGUCAUCGGCAGGUUGGAGACACCGUUGAUUCGGUUAUUUUACCCCCGUGA